AUGGCUGAUAGGGUUCCACGACGCAGCAACAAUAUCAUUUUGUCUGCCCAGCAGCUUGAUUACAAUGCAAGUAUGGCUCGUGAUCUGAACAAACGCGCGCACAAUCGCUUACAACUUCACAAGGGAAACAUAGAGGAACAUCAGACAGCCAAUUUAAACUCCAUGAAUUACGAAAUGAGGCGAAUCAAACACGAGUUGAAAGACAUCGCGAAUUCUUCGGGAACUUUAGAUCAAUUCGGUGAAAAAAUGGCGAGUAAAGCCAGAAAUGAUACAGCAAGGAGGGGAAAAAAGUUUAGGAGAAUGGAAUCUGGGAAAAACCUGCGAAAAGGCAAAAUGACGGACUUGUCAACCAAUGCCAAUACGGACAGCAACAAAGGAAAGGUUCCAGAGGCACAAAAUUCGGACAUUUCACGUACACGACGAAAAAGUUUAUCGUUACCAACGUUACCCUCCAUGAACAGUACAUCUGUUUUACCUUCGCGGGUUCCUCCAGACCUAACCUCAAGGACAAAUACCGAGUUCGCAAUUAGAGAAGCCCAGGCUAACUCUUCGCGUUUUUCAUCGAAGCUCAAUAAAGAAACUGCAAAGCGACGGCCAUCGAGGAGAAAACUGAGCCUUGAGGCUACGACGUCAUCGGGUCAAGCAACUGAGCAACCGAUAUCUGUUUCUGUAACAGAUACAAGCGGUGAAACCGAGAGACUUCGACCUGCCUCGCCACGAGGGGCUCCAAAAGCUGACUCUCUUUUGGUAAAUCUCAGCCUUGAUGCUGUUAAAGACAGGAUUCAAAAUAGGCUUUCUCAACCACCAAAUCAAUUUAUCGACGAUGACAAUGAAGACUCUGAUAUAACGCCUUAUAUGCACGUCCCACCGGACGGUCUACCAAGAACAGUGUACCUCCUCCCUCCUUUGCAAGAUCUAUUACAAGAGGCAAAGAAAGCUAGAUACGUACGGAGACCUAGAAAGCCUUUUCAAGUAGUGGACAAAGACGAUCCAGAAAGGGAGUUGGGAAUUGAUGAAAUAUUUAGUAAGAAAGGAUAA